AACCCCAAGAGUGUGAAUUUGGAGGUGAACUUGAUAAUGAAGUCAGAGAAAAUAAAGCGAUGAUAUUGAUAGAAGUACCACUGGCUAUAGUUAUGCAAAUGAAUGCUAUAAUGAAAGGUUCGUUGGAAUUGCUAAUAGAGAUUAAGCCUUUUAGUAACAAUCCGAGCAAUGAAAAUAAUAAGGUCGAUAUAUGUAAAAUAGAUGAUGAUACAAAAAGAGAGGAUGUGAAAGGAAAUGUGACUGUUAAUAAAAGUGAAAAGAGAGGAAUGUUUGAAGUAAAAUAUAAAAAUGAUGAAUAUAUAUCUAUAAGCAAUAAUGAAAUAGCUUUGAACUACAAUGAUAAAGUUAAUUCCCUAAAAAUGUUA